AUGGCUUCCGAUGUUCCAUCUAUAAUGUCUCAAAGUGUGAGAACAAACAGAUCUUCAUUCAGCUCAAGUAAUGGAUAUGAAACUCAAUCUCACUAUUCCGCCAUUACAAACGGAGAUGAUUAUGAUAGCGAUGGUUCAAAUUUUGCACCACCUACGCCAAUGACCCUUUCCAAUUCCAUUCCAGCCGAGCUUGCUGGUGCAAUUCCUUUGAUUGAUAAAUUCCAGGUCGAGGGUUUUCUAAGGUCCAUGCAAAAACAGAUAAAUUCAGGUGGAAAACGUGGGUUUUUCUCAAAAAGAUCCGUAGGUCCCCAAGAUCGUGAGAAGUUUACAUUUGAAGACAUGUUGUGUUUCCAGAAGGAUCCUAUUCCAACCUCGCUCUUGAAAAUAAAUGGUGAUUUGGUUAGCCGAGCUGUAAAAUUAUUCCAAACCAUCUUGAAAUACACUGGAAUUGAUUCAUCUGAAAAAGGGAAUCAGAUUGGCAUAGAAGAAAGAAUUGAACUUGUUGGAAAGUUAUAUAAACAAGCAUUGAAACGCUCUGAGCUUCGAGAUGAACUUUUUGCACAAAUUUCAAAACAAACCAGAAAUUGUCCUGAUAGGCAACAUUUGAUAAGAGCAUGGGAGCUAAUGUACUUAUGUGCAUCAUGCAUGCCACCUAGCAAAGACAUUGGUGGAUAUUUAUCUGAGUACAUUCAUGAUGUUGCACAUAAUUCCAAUACUGACCCUGAUGUGCAAGUCUAUGCAUUGAACACACUAAAUGCACUAAAGUGUUCAGUAAAGGCUGGCCCACGACACACUAUCCCUGGGCGUGAAGAAAUUGAAGCUCUUUUAAUUGGUAAAAAGCUCACCACAAUCGUGUUUUUCUUGGAUGAAACUUUUGAAGAAAUAGCAUAUGACAUGGCAACAACUGUUGCUAAUGCUGUUGAGGAGCUUGCUGGAAUAAUCAAAUUGUCUGCAUAUUCAAGUUUUAGUUUAUACGAGUGUCGCAAAGUUGUUACAGCUUCUAAAUCACCAGAACCCGGAAAUGAGGAGUAUAUUGGAUUAGAUGAUAACAAGUACAUUGGAGAUCUUUUAGCAGAAUUUAAGUCAGCAAAAGAUCGAAGUAAAGGAGAAAUUUCCCAAUGCAAAUUGACUUUUAAAAAGAAGUUAUUUCGCGAGUCAGAUGAAGCCAUUGCAGACCCAAUGUUUGUUCAGUUGUCAUACGUUCAAUUACAACAUGAUUAUAUCUUAGGUAACUAUCCGGUUGGGAAGGAUGAUGCUGCACAACUGUCAGCAUUGCAAAUUUUAGUUGAAAUAGGAUUUGUUAUUAAACCAGAGUCAUGCACUGAUUGGACUCUGCUUUUGGAGCGAUUUCUACCCAGACAAAUUGCAAUUACCCGUGCUAAAAGAGACUGGGAGUUGGAUAUACUUGGUCGUUAUCGUUCCAUGGAAAAUCUAACAAAAGAGGAUGCAAGACAACAAUUUUUGAGGAUUUUAAGGAUGCUUCCAUACGGGUAUUCAGUUUUCUUUAGUGUUCGUAAGAUUGAUGACCCCAUUGGACUUUUACCUGGAAGAAUCAUAUUAGGCAUUAACAAACGUGGGGUUCACUUUUUUCGACCGGUUCCCAAAGAGUAUUUACACUCCGCUGAAUUAAGAGAUAUAAUGCAAUUUGGUAGCAGUAACACUGCUGUGUUUUUCAAGAUGAGAGUUGCGGGUGUCUUGCAUAUAUUUCAGUUUGAAACUAAACAGGGUGAAGAAAUAUGUGUUGCACUUCAAACACAUAUAAAUGAUGUUAUGCUACGUCGAUACUCUAAAGCACGAACUGCUUCUAAUACAAGCUCUAUUAAUGGUGAUAUUCCUACAAAUUCAAAGCCUCCAAUUGCUGAUGUUGGUGAAAAACGUGUACAAGAUUUGUCAAAAGCUCUUGAGGAAUGUGAAAAAACUGCAAAGCAACUAUCAGACGAGUUGAAUGAGAAGCAGAAGAAAGAAAUGAACAUGCAAGAAGAAAUGGAGACAUUGAAAGAUAUGUUGAGAUCAGAAAAGAAGAGUUUGGAAGAACUAUCAUCUGAAUAUAAUGAGAUUAGAUCUUUGUGUGAAGAAAAAGAAUCUAACCUUCAGGCUGUAUUGAUUGAGAAGAGGAACAUGGAAGCAAGGCUUUCACAGCUUAGUAAAGGGGAGUUGGAAAAUAAUACCAAAAAGGAAUUAGUUGAGGCAACUAAUCAGGUGUUACAAAAGAUCCAAGAUGAGUUAAGAACACGUAACUCAGAGUUGCAUGCAGCUGAAGAAACCAAGAAGAAAUUGUUAAAUGAGAAAAUGUUACUGGAAGAAAGAAUUUCAAGACUUGAAAAGAAGAAAGUUGAUGAGAUACGGAUGCUUGAGAAAGAUUUAGAACAAGAAAGAAAGAUGACAAAGCCUCGAAUUUCUGAACUUGAGAAGAAAGUAGCAGAGCUCACACAAAAAAUUGGCCAAUGCAGAGUCUACUCUUGCAAUCAAAGAUAA